GAGAGUUUUUAGGGAACAGUUUCCAACCUCCAGUGGUGGAGGAAGAGAUUGCCUGACAUCACGAUAGAUCUCCCAGGAGGUCACAGAUCCAGCACUUACCUGUUCUGAAGAAUCUGGAAGAGAAAGAAGGUGAUCCGUUGGUACAAGCGGAAGCUCUUUGGAGGGGAAGGAAGGAUGAGGGAUGAGCUGGACUCAGCUGUCCCUGGAUCAAGACAAGGCCUCAGUGCCCCCGAGGCUGGGAACAGAAAGGAGAUGUGGGAAGGAGCCAUGAAGAAGAGUCCGGGAGACAACGAGGUCCUCCCUUCAGAUGUGCAACGCAAGCAGUUCAGGCACUUCCACUACCAGGUAGCCAAGGGCCCCCGAAAAGUUUGCAGCCAACUCCACCAUCUUUGCCGCCAGUGGCUGAAGCCAGAAAGACACAGCAAGAGGGAGAUGCUGGACCUGGUGAUUCUGGAGCAAUUCCUGGCCGUCCUGCCCCUGGAGAUGGGGAACUGGGUCAAGGAAUGUGGGCCGGAGUCCAGUUCACAGGCGGUGGCCCUGGCAGAAGGCUUCCUCUUGAGCCAGGACAAGAUUCAGGACCAUCAGGUGCAGGGAAGGAUCACCCAGGAGGGUUACCACAAUGUAGCUUUUCCAGGUGGUGCCCAACAUUCUUUGCCAUCUCUUUGGGGCAGAGAGAAAGCAGAUUCUGUGCAGCUUGAUCAGGGCCUGGUGACCCUUGAGGAGGUGUGUGUCCAUUUCUCUGAGGAGGAGUGGGCUCUGCUGGAUCUGGACCAAAGAAAGCUUCACAAGGAAGUCUUGGAGGACAAUUGGCAGAAUGUGGCUUCUCUGGAAGGACUUCUGGUUCACAAAUUUGACUCCAUCUCCCCAUUGGAAGAAGCUGGAGAUCCACUUGAACAGGACCCAGAAGAAAGGAAGAGAUCAGCAGAGGAUAAUAGUCUACAGAACAAGUCCAAGAGAGAACCACAACACCUCCUAUUUGAUGAAAAACAGAAAAGUGCGGAAAUAAAAGGGAUGAGGGGGAAUGAAUGUUGUGCUUCUCAGGGUGCUGAAUCCCAGAUACUAGAUACACCAGGAAAAAUUAACAUAAAUGAGAAACCAGAUAAGUGCUUUGAAUGUGGAACAAGCUUUGUUUUGAAGGGGAAGGUCCCUGAGCAUCUACUCAACAAAGGGGAGGCACAUAAAUGCCUGGCAUGUGGAAAGAGCUUUGCUAAGACUUACAUUCUUGCUGCUCAUCAACAAAUCCACAUUGGUGAGAAAAUGUACAGCUCCUUGGAGAGUGGAAAAAGCUUUGCUCAAAAUUCAGCACUUAAUAGCAAUCAGCAUAUCGACACUCAAGAGAAAGCAUAUACAUUUGCAGAGUGCAGAGAAAGCAUUACUCACAAUUCCAACCUUCUUACUCAUCAACAAAUCCAAAGUCAGGAGAAACCAUAUAUAGGCUUGGAGUGUGCAAUGAGCUGUGCUCAGAAUUCAGAGCUUACUAUCUAUCAACAAAUCGAUGCUGCAGAGAAACCAUACAAAUUCUUGGAGUGCGAAAAAAACUUUGCUCAGUGGUCUGAUCUUACUGGGGAGCAGUCAUAUCAAUGCUUGGAGUAUACUGAGGAGAAAAGAUAUAAAUGUUUGGAGUGUGGCAAGAGCUUUACUCAAAGUUCACGUCUUACCCGACAUCAACAAAUCCAUACUGGGGAGAAACCAUAUAAAUGUUUGGAGUGUGGAAAGAGUUUUGCUCACAGUUCACGUCUUACCCGACAUCAACAAAUACAUACUGGAGAGAAACCAUAUAAAUGUUUGGAUUGUGGAAAGAGCUUUGUUCAAAAUUCAAAUCUCACUAUCCAUCAACGAAUCCACACUGGGGAGAAACCAUAUAAAUGCUUGGAGUGUGGAAUGAGUUUUACCCACCGUUCAACACUUACUGAUCAUCAACGAAUCCACACUGGGGAGAAACCAUAUAAAUGCUUGGUGUGUGGAAAAACCUUUGUUGUGAGCUCCCAUCUUACUAAACAUCAACGAAUCCACACUGGGGAAAAACCAUAUAAAUGCUUGGAGUGUGGAACGAGCUUUACUCACAGUUCAGCACUUACUAAUCAUGAACGAAUCCACACUGCGGAAAAACCAUAUAAAUGCUUGGAGUGUGAAAAAAGCUUUGCUGUGAGCUCCAAUCUUACGAAACAUCAACGAAUCCACACUGGAGAGAAACCAUAUAAAUGCUUGGAGUGUACAAAAAGCUUUGCUCAGAGUACACAUCUUACUAACCAUCAACGAAUCCUCACACUGAGGGAGAAACCAUAUAAAUGUUUUAGAGUGUGUGGAAAGAGCUUUACCCACAGUUCAGCACUUAUUAAACAUCAACGAGUCCACACUGGGGGAAAACCAUAUUAAUGCUUUAUGUGUUGAAUGUGUUUUACCCACAGUUCAGCACUUAUCAAUCAUCAGUUCAACACUUACUGAUCAUCAGUGAUCCACACUGGGGAAAAACCAUAUAAAUGUUUGGAGUGUAGAAAUAGUUUGCCCACAGUUCAGCACUUACUAAACAUCAACAAAUCCACAAUGGGGAGAGACCAUAUAAAUGUUUGGUGUGUGCCAAGAGCUGUGGUCAGAGUUCACAUCUUACCAUCAAAUCCACAAUGGAAAGGAACUAUAAACAAUACAUCUUACUCAACAUCAAGAAAUCCACAAUGGGAAGAAACUAUAUAAAUGCUUGGAGUAUACAGGGAAUAAAACAUCUUUGCAGUGUGGAAAAGACUUUAAUCAGAGUUCUUACUAAACUCUAAUGAAUCCAUACUGGAAAAAUAACAUAUAAAUACUUGUGGUAUGGAAAGAGCUUUACCCAAAGUUCAGUGCUUACUAAUAACUAAGAAAUCUACACUGAGGUGAAACCAUAGAAAUGCUUGGGAGUGUGGAAAGAGCUUUUCUCAUAGCGGGCAGCCUGGCUGCUCAUCAACAAAUCCACACACUGGGGAGAAACCGAUGAUAGAUGCUUAGAGUGUGGGAAAAGUUUUUCUGUGAGUUCAACACUUACUAAAUUCUAAACUGAUAACCAUAGAAAUGUUUACAGUGCAGUAAGAGCUUUGCUCAGAGUUCAUAUCUUACUAAACAUCAACCUACACUAACA